AUGUGCAUCGCCAUACCGUCGGCGCCGCGGUUCGACCCAGAGGGCGAGGAGAAAUCGUGGCAGCGCGUGGAGAACCUGCUGCUGGCGCUCGACGCGCGGCGAGCGCGGGAGCGCGACGGGCUGCUGGAGCGCGCGAUGCGCGUCGUGGUGUACAGCUCGGGCUGCCGCGUCGAAGACCCCGCCAGAAGGGCCAGUGCACCGGGCGCACCCAGCGGCGCAACCCCCUCCGCGUUGGUGCGGGCGGCGGCGGUGCUGGCGCGCGAGGCGAACGUGAGCGAGGCGUACGCACGGCCGCUGGUGGGGGCUCUGGCGCAGGACGCGGCGAACGUCAAUCCGCUAGUGGACGCGCACACGGCGGCGAUCCAGGCGGUGGCGGAGCGCAUGGAGCUCCCCGUGGACGUGCUCCCCGCGCACCCCGACGGCUGCGCGCUGCUGGGCGACGCCGACCGCCUCCUGCGCUCCGCGCCGCGCGAGCACGUGGAGCGCGACGGGUGGCAACGGUGGCGAUGGCACACGAAGCUGUCGAUGGACUUCGCAUACGCCGUGCGACAGUGCCUGGCGACGCGGCCGCGCUACGUGCUGUUGCUGCAGGACGACGCGUUCCCCGCGCGCCUGUGGGACGUGGGCAUCGAGCGCUUCAUGGCGCGCGACCUGCGCGGAAAGGCGCCGUGGGACGUGCUGUCGCUCUACUACCCGCGGUCGUACCGCUGGAACCUGCGGCACGCGCAGGAGUACGACAUCCCCUGCUGCGCGCAGUCGCUGCUCUUCUCCGCCCGCUCCGCCGCGGAGGCGGUGGCGCACGUGGAGCGCGGAGUGACGCGCGCGCCCAUGGAUCUGCUGCUACACGAGUUCAUGGGCACCGCGGGGGAGGGCGGGCGGCAGAGGCGUGCGUACGUGCACGUGCCGUCGCUGUUCCAGCACACGGGGCGCGUGCGGUCCACGGGCCAGGGCCGCGAGAAGGCGAGCUUCCACGAGGACGUGCAAUUCCCCGACGAGCGCGUCGACGCGCCCUACAGCGCUGAAGAGAAGCUCGCGCUGCUGCGCGGGAAGGCGGGCGCGCGGCGCGCGGAGGGCGCGUACGGGCAGGUGGAGCCCGACGGGUGGCACGAGUUUCUGCAGAAGCAGCAGCAGGAGCUGGCGCAGCAGAUGGCGGCCGCCGUGCGCGAAGGAGGCGGCGGCGGAGAGGAUGUCGGCGGCGCGCGGAGAUCCGCGGACGAGCGGAUCGGAAGAGCGUCUGGCGGAGAGGAGGCGCGGAGCAGCGUUGAGCAGCAAAGAGCGGGAGGGGGUGGCGAGGAGGCAGCGGUGGCAUUGUCGUCGAGUGGGCAGCAGGUGGCGUCUGAAGGCGAGAGUGCGGCGAGUGCGGCGCGCAUGGCAGGGCUGCAGCCGGAGCUGAGGGUGGGGCGCCCGCCGUGGAGAGAUGAUGAUGAUGAUGGCGCCUGCCGCAGGGCACGCGGAGGGCGGAUGACUGCUGACCAAGCAAGCACGCCUGGAAGGCCUACCCAGGCUGCUGCAUUCCUGGCAUCAUCCCCCGCGCUCACCACUCCGCAUCGCCAUCCCCUUCCCAGCGAGUCUGAGUCCGCCCAUGCGGGCUCACCCACUGCCCCACCUCCGCCUGCUGCGCCACCCACUGCCCCACCUCCGCCUGCUGCGCCACCCACUGCCCCACCUCCGCCUGCUGCGCCACCCACUGCCCCACCUCCGCCUGCUGCGCCACCCACUGCCCCACCUCCGCCUGCUGCGCCACCCACUGCCCCACCUCCGCCUGCUGCGCCACCCACUGCCCCACCUCCGCCUGCUGCGCCACCCACUGCCCCACCUCCGCCUGCUGCGCUACCCACUGCCCCACCUCCGCCUGCUGCGCCACCCAUCUCACUCAUUGCACGUCCCUCACUCGCCCCUCGCCUCCUACCAUAUCUCGCGGCGCUCACCCACCUGCGCACGCGCGCUCUGCUCUGCCCCCCCGCGCCACUGCCCGCGCACGUGCUGGCGGGGGAGGGGGAGGGGGAGGGGGACGGCACGGCACCCUCGUCUGCAGGCGCACUGCCUGCUGUGGAGGUGGGCAGGCAGGGGGGGAGUGCUGCACGGCACGAGCAGGGGGAGGCGGGCAGGGCGGGGCAGAGCAGCACGCAGCAGCAGGCAGUGAGGGGGUGGGAGGGCGGGCAGCGGGAGAGGGCAUCGGGCCUGCACUCCCUGUGGGCGUCGCUGGCUGCGUCGCGCUCGUCGCAGGACUGCUGGAGCCGAACUGAGAUGCACGCUUACAUGCCGGCCGCCCACUCCCCCGCCCCCUCCACAGCCUUCACGCACCGUGUGCGGCGCUACCAAGCCAUGCACCGCCGCUGUGCCGCCCGCCUCGACUUCCAACACGGCCUGCCGCCCGCUGAUGCCCUCAGGGCGGUGGUGGCAGCAGGGAGUGCAGAGGGCCAUGCGCCAUGUCAGUACCUCUUCUACCGGGACCCCAUCGCUGGAGUGGGCAAUCGCAUACUGGCACUCGUGUCGGCAUUCACCCUAGCCCUGCUCACCAAUCGCACGCUGCUGCUGUCCGCAGCCUCCUUCCCCGCCACGGCCUUCUGCCAGCCCUUCAACGGCUCAGACUGGACCAUCCCUGCUGCCCACUUCGAGGCGAUAGUGAGCAACGUCGCCAAGGACGCCAAGCCCAACGAGUUCCCUCCCUCCAACCGCUCCCUGCACCUAGACUACCCGAGCGGCUUCUGGUGGAACGUGGUGUGUGACGAGGAGCAGCAGCGCAUGGCGCGCGUGCCAGUGCUGCUCUUCACCUCCUACUUCUACACGCUGCCGGCCCUCUACUUCCGCCCCUCCUUCCAAGUCGCCCUCGACAGCUGGUUCCCGGACCGCCGCCCGUUCACACAUGUAGCGCGGUGGCUGCUGCACCCGGCCAACUUCCUCUGGCUCGCCAUCUCGCAGGCCUUCUCCGCCUACCUCGCCCCCCACAGCCCCCGCCUCGCCCUGCAGAUCCGCCCAGUGGAGGAGACGGAGGAGGACAUCAUGCCGCGCAUCCUCACCUGCGCCACCACCAUCGCCCACCUCCUGCCCGCCGUGGGCCUGAAUGACUAUGAGGGCGGCAAUGCCAUGUUUCACGCAUCCACCAAUGCCACCACCACCACGGGUGAAGGCCCACCGGCAGCAGGGCGGUCAGCGGCGGUGUUUGUGGCGUCGCUGAGUGCGCGCUUUGGGCAGCAGCUGCGGCAGCGAUUCGUCAGCAACCCGUCCUCUGAUGGCUCGCUCAUCGCCGUGCACUGGGUGCAUGCAGAGGAGAGCCAGAAGUUCGACUGGCCUCACUUGGGCACCGCGGUCAUCGACAUCUGGCUACUCGCACUCUGCUAUGCACCGCGUGCCCCUCCCAUGAUCCCUGCCUGUGCGUGCUCACCCCCCUCUGCGUGUCCACCUGCCUGUGCGUGUCCACCUGCCUGUGCGUGUCCACCUGCCUGUGCGUACGUGCCUGGCAGCGACUCAUUCCUGGUGACGGAGGGGUCAACACUGGGCAUGGUGGCGGCGGGGCUGGCGGGCGCCACGCCCCACAUGAUGAACGUCAUGCUCGACACCUCCACCGCCCAUGACUGGCGCUCCAACACCCGCCCCGAGUGCCAGCUCGGUGGCCCGGAGCCCUGCCUCAAGACGCACCACGGUCACGCUCAGUGUUUCACCUCCAGUACCUCUCUCUCGGGGCCUCCACUGCGACUAUGCCACGGGACAGGCAGAGGAUUCACCCUUGUGCCACCUGAAUCGCCUCCACUAUCGUUCAAGGCAUGGUUACAUAGUGUUGGGGAGGACUCAGCUGUGAAAUGA